AUGAAUCCCCUCACCCCAGAGCAAGUGGCUUCUUACCACAAAAAUGGCUUUCUCCUUUUGCGCGCACACGAGCAUCAACUCGUGGACCCAACAGCCCUGAAACAAUGGACCGAAGAAAUCAAGGCCUGGCCUCGUGUCAAGGGCAAAUGGAUGCCAUACGACGAGAUCAACAUCAAUGGCGAGCGCCAGCUCAUGCGCACCGAACGCUUCAUUGACUUCCACCCCCAGUACAAGGACCUCGUAUGCGGCGAGAAACUGGGUCAAAUCCUCAAGGCCGUGUCCGGCGACGACAUGCUCCUCUUCAAAGACAAAAUCAACUACAAACAACCCCACGGCAAUGGCUUCCAAGCUCACCUGGAUGCCCCAGCCUACGACCAUAUCGGGCGCAUUGAGCACGUCACCGCCAACAUAGCCAUCGACGCCGCAACAAUCGAAAACGGCUGUCUGGAAGUCGUUCCAGGCUCUCACAAAAUGGAAAUCGAGUUUGCCAAGCACGGAUGUAUCAAGCCCGAGUGGGAAAACACUCACGAAUGGCUCUCCAUACCACUGGAGGCUGGCGACAUGUUGGUUUUCGGCUCGCAUCUCGCGCACAGGUCUGCCGAAAACAAGACGGAGAAGAGUCGGUCGAGCCUAUAUGCUACUUUCCACUCUAAGAGUGAUGGGUUGGAUUUGAGGGAGAGGUAUUACAAGCAUAGGAUCGAGAACUUCCCGCCCGAGCAUGAGCGUGUGGAAGGGAAGGAUUACUCGGCCGGAUACAGGACUUAUGGCUUUGCGGCGCCCUUUACGCGCAUGGAUGAAAACGCGAGUGUUUCUACUCCCGCGGUUGUUGCUGGGCAGUCGUGA